AUGUGGCUCGAGUGGAUGGAUUUUUUAUUGUGUACUCUGAGUGAGGAUAUUAUUAAGGUCGAAGUUACUCCGGGAACGUGUAGAAAAGCGUCUACAGAAUUAAGUUGACUUUUGUUUUAUAACACUGUUUAUUUAUUCACAGCCGUUUCCAAUCGAUAGUAUUUUUUUAUACUUCUGUAUUCUGUUCAUAUUUUAAAAAGGACUUUUAGGCAACUUUCUCGAUUAUCAUCAUGUUUCCAGAAUCUGCGAAUGGGUACAGUUUUGAGGAGUGCAGUGCUACAGCUGAAUGGCUCCUCUCCCAGAUCCAGAUCCGUCCCCUGGUGGGUAUUGUGUGUGGUUCAGGCCUGGGACGCCUGGCUGAAAUGCUCAAAGACCAGAGGACAUUUAAUUACAGCGACAUUCCUAACUUCCCCCAGAGUACAGUGCAUGGCCACGCUGGCAGGUUGGUUUUUGGCACCCUGAAAGGAAAACCGUGUGUGUGCAUGCAGGGAAGGUUCCAUCUCUAUGAGGGCUACUCCAUCCAGAAGGUCACGCUGCCCAUCCGGAUCUUUAAGCUGCUUGGAGUAUCGACUGUUAUCCUGACGAAUGCAGCUGGGGGCCUGAAUCUGGACUACAAGGUUGGGGACAUCAUGAUCAUAAAAGACCAUAUCAAUAUGCCUGGCUUUGCAGGGAACAACCCACUAAAUGGACCCAAUGAUGAAAGGUUUGGCAUUCGGUUUCCCUCAAUGUCUGAUGCAUAUGACAAGGAACUACUUCAGCUGGCACAAGGUGUGGGGGCGGAGCUUGGCUACGGCAACUUCCUGCGCGAAGGCGUGUACUGUGUCCUGGGCGGGCCCUCGUUUGAGACCAUCGCUGAGUGUCGUAUGAUGACCAAACUAGGGGCGGACGCCGUUGGCAUGAGCACUGUGCACGAGGUGAUUGUAGCGCGCCACUGUGGCAUGCGUGUGCUUGCUCUGUCCCUAAUCACCAAUCAGGCUGUGAUGAACUACGACAGCCAGGAGAAGGCCAACCACGAGGAGGUCCUGGAGACAGGUCAGCUGAGGGCAGAGCAGCUGGAGAGACUGGUCACAACCAUGGUGACCCGCAUCCAGGACCACAACAGCGCCUGAUGUGAUACGUCCCAAAUGGCACACUAUUGCCUGUGCAGUGUACUAACUGCAGCCCUAUGAGCCUUGGUCUAAAGCGCCCAGUCAGAGGCUUGCUGGUUAAAUCUGAUCCCAGUCUGAUAACAACCAGUAAAGUUACAUUGAUUCGACAGAGCACUCCUAAUCUGAGGCAUUUGGUACGUACUGUCCCAGUUCUACUGCCUUGUCACAAAAGUCAAAUCAGAAUAAUAGCUGUUGGUGUGUGUGACUAUACUUGCAUUUGUCUUUGAAAAAUGAAAUGUUCUUAACCUUUUACAUUUUUUCUAUAUUUUCUUCUUUAAGUUUACAUUCUUGAGGGUAGCUGAUUGUUGACAACGUGAAUCUACUAUUAAUAUACAGCUGUGUUGAGCUUAAUCGACCCUACUGUUAUUAUUGACAUUUAGUAGCUUGGUAAUUGAGUAAAUUAAUAUUUAUUUUCUUCAUAAAUAAAGUUUAAUGUGUACAUUCCCUACCAGGUGUGGUAAUAUUUGGGUUUUAUAAGUUUAUACUGUUGAAAUAAAUGACCAGAAUGUAAUGUUGUAGCAUCUAGUAAAGUAGCAUUACUGCAUGUUAGUAUGGUUAUUAAGAAUUAGGGGUGUUUUUUUUGUAUAUUUAUACUUAUUUAUAGUAGCACUUUUUCAUUAGACAAUGAGUGCUUUUUGUUAGUACUGUUCUAUUAUAGAAUUAUUGUUUUUUUAUCAAUUGCCUUAUAGAAGGGUUUACUGGGUUUAUACUGUAGAAAUAGUACUGUACUAUACUGUAGUCAUGUCUGCUAAAUGGCAUAGAUCAGAGGGUUAUUUUACCUUGCAAGCUGCUGUUGGCUUUAGCAUUAUCUUGAUUAACAAUCCAAAUGUAUGUUUAUUCUAUAUGUAUUGAGGUUGAAUGCUGAAAUUUGUUACCUCUUCACUAACAGUCUUACUUUCACAAUAAACGUCAUUGAGUCAAUUUGAUGUUUCAGUU